AUGAGCAGUUGUUGAGAAAAUUUAUUUAUGAAAAUCUACCUUUAUUACUUCUUGGAAUAUAGGAAGAAAUCAACAAUAUCGUAGCUCAUCUGGCAUCUCUGGAUGGUACUGUUUGUGAUGUUCGAGAAAUCCUAGUUCCAAGUAUGUCUAACAUAAUUUCAGCAUUUAUCUUUGGUCGGAGAUUUCACUAUGAUGACCCAAAAAGAAAAUAUCUAGAUGAUAGACUCACUGAAUUUCAAGAGUACAUCCGACAGUUUAACCUGAAAACCUUCUUUCCCUGGAUGAAACCCUUUCUGUCCAUUUUAAAAGCUAGAGAAUUUAGAAAAUUUCAAGAAACGACUGAAAAUUUGUUGUCAUUCAUUCGUGAAGAAACCAAUAACCACAAGAAGAGAUUGGACCCAAGCAAUGCUUGUGAUUACAUUGACUCCUUUUUGAUUGAAAUGAGGAACCGGCAAAAAAUAAAUAACAUGUCAUCUUUCUCAGAUGACAUGUUGUGUGGAAAUGUUCAUGCUUGGUUUCUUGGAGGCAGCAGUACAGUGCGGACAGGAAUAGAAUGGUGUCUUCUAACUAUGGCUGCAUACCCGGAUGUUCAGAAACGAGUGCAAAACGAGAUUGACAGUUUUAUUGGUAGAGAAAGGUUACCAUCCUGGGAUGAUCAUGUACACCUUCCUUACACUCAAGCUGUUCUUUAUGAAUGUCAAAGAUGGAAGACCAUAACCCCUCUCGGUCUCUUAAGAUAUACGAGGGAAGACACAACUGUUCAAGGAUACAACAUUCCUAAAGGAACAAUUGUCAUGAACAACAUCUGGGCUGUUCACAACGAUCCCAGAUACUGGAAGAAUCCCAGUGAAUUCUUUCCAGAACAUUUCCUCAGUCAAGAUGGUACUACUUUAGUGAAACCAGAAUAUUUCAUUCCAUUUAUAAUCGGAAAACGCUCUUGUCCCGGUGAGAAGUUGGCCCUAGUUGAAAUGUUUCUAUAUUUUGUGUCUAUACUUCAACGCUUUACCGUGGCUCUCCCUGCCGGUGAAAAACCAAACUUUGAUGGAAUUUUUGAACUGAAUUGGGACGCCAAAUUCCAUCAUAUUAGAUUUCUAUUUCGUUAAGUUGAAAAAGAUACAAGCUUCUUCUGGAACAUGUUUUACAAUCCUAAUUAAUUUUUUUUGUAGCAGUUGGAGACUAGUAUAUACACUGCUUGUUAUUUGUAAGUGGAUAAUUAUUUCUAGUAAACAUAUGAAAUAUUUGUAUUCUAUAGUUCUGUACGUUACACAUUGAUGUAUUACUAUAUUAUUACAUGUGCUCAUAUUAUAUUGUUCAGUCAAUAAAUAAAUUUCUUGCAUUUCUA